AAACAUUUCUGAUUGAAAUUACGAAUAAGUGUGUGUGUGGCUGCUUGCACCACUUAUGAAAUACGAUUCAUAUAGGCAAAAGGCACAGCCCAUGAUGCAAAUAAAAAUAGGACGUUUCUUUCCAAAUACAUUGAUGCGUGGGAAGAACGUCAGCACCACAUUCAACGCAUUUGGGUAAAAGCACAAUGGACGGUUGAGACGUUAACGACAAAUUUGCGUUGCCCAGAGUUAAGUUGAAAGCAAACCGCACAUCCAACUAAGAUGGACAUGCUCGAUCUGCAGUCCAGGGGAGUUAAUACCAAUUUGUAGUUUGUAUCCGAAAGUGUACAUUUUCAAUGUGGAGCUGUACAGAAAGGACUUGGGGAAGAUAGCUAGCUGAUUACACGCUGCAGAAAUUUAACAGACACGAGAUAAAGGCCCCGAUAGGUUGUUACAGUAGCUAGCUUACUGAAUUAACCGUGUAUCUGAAGGGUUAAUUUAAUCACAUAAAGUCUACUCUAAUGUUCCAGAUGUUCCAUAUUUUUGUUAACGUGUUAGCUAGUUUGUAAGGGCUACAGUCAAAUGUCAAGGUGUCCGAGUUUGAAGUGAAGUCAGAAGAAAGCACGGUGCAAGAGUUAGGGGAGAUGGACAAGAACGAUCCAAAACAAGAUGUUAUAAAAGAGCCGGAUAAAGACGAUAGUGAUGUUUUGACGCCCUCUGGUGAUAUGCAGACGGAUUGCAGCGCUGUAGAGAUUGGGUGUGACGCUUCCAAACAGCCCUGCCAAGACGUUAACGUUUUGAAUGAGAAACUCCGACCUAUAGAACAACAACUAAAGUACCUUCUGAACAAGGCUGAAGAGGUUCAGGCGCACUUAAUGCACAGCAGGUGUGACCAUGUGCAGAAUGAGGGCUUUUCUUGUGCGGUGCCUACGUUCCUGCGAACCUGUCAGCCAUACUUCAGUUACCUGGAGUCCACCGCCCGCAGCUCUCUGCCCGAGCGCACCCCUCUACCCAUAUGCAUACGCUCACAGCUGUUAGACUUCUCUCAGCAGCUGUGUACUCGCCUGGAGCAGUUGGUCCUCACUUAUGCCAGUUACAACUUCCUGUCCCUGGUUGAGUCUGAGCCAGACAGCAUCUCCCACUUCUACAUAGGCUAUUGUCAGAUAGACAGAGUGAAACUCUCCAUAUUCCGGUACUGCCGGCCGACCCCCUACCUGGCAGGGAUUCAUACCGGCCUGUACAAACGCAUGCGCUGGAACGUAGUGAAGCCCUGCAAGGGGAAGGAGGGAGAGAGAGGAGAGGCAGAAGGAGAGAGAGACAUAGGAAAGACAGAUGGAGACUCGGAGCGAGAGACCGCAUCAGUAAAAGAGUCAGCCGUCACAACAGAGUACUACUUCCUGUGUUACGAGGACAUCCCCAAGGAGCACACAGUGGGACGCAGCGAGGGAGAGGAGGAGCCUGUUGCCACUGGCGACUUAGUUAGGAUGUGGUCCAUUGGCUAUUGGAUCCCAACCCACCCUGACCCAGAUGAUAUCUAUGACUGGAUCCUGUGCAGUGUUCCUCAGGGCCAGUAUGGCAAGCUGCUGUGUCUGGGUGGGGAGGAGCCCUCCGCCUGCAGUGCCACAGACUGCCUGCUGGGGGUGCUGUUGUCGCAGGAGAGCGUCAGUAUGGAGAGAGCUUCCCUCUGACCACACUGCUGCUGGAUCACAUGUUGGUACGUGACCCAAUGGUUCACAUGUGGGACUUGGGGGGGGGGGGGGGGGGGGUGGGAUCGGAUUGCAGUUGUUCUUAAGGUUUUCUAUUGUGUUAUAUAGAAUUUAUAUUUUAAAGGUUUGUCGUUUAACUUUUAGUCUUAGAAUUUUAAUGUCAUGUUCACAAAAGUACUUUUAGAAUAAACGUAUUUGAGGGGGGGGGGGGU